AUGGGUAGAGCAGUACUGGGAACUAUAUCAGAGACACAGCUAAACAUUCAUAGAUUGGGUGCUGACCAUCCUGAUCAGCAGCUCAAAAGCAACGGUCUCACCUUUCCAGACAAGAGUCACAUAAAAGCGUUACAACUUGAAGACGAGUCUAGUGAUGUCAAUGACAAGAUAAACAGAUUGAAAACCCGACUACAGCUGGCAGUUUUCAAAAUUCAAACCAACCAAUUAUCACUGAAUGUCGACGACCUGAUCAACAGUAGUCAAGUUGGCUUUAAGAGAGAUGAUUCCCUUAAGGAUGAGAUGUCUAAUCCUUCAAAAAGAAGAAAACUAGCGGACAUUGCUGGCACCAAGAGAAGCUCUUUGAAAUCUGCUCUACCUCGCAUACAGUCCCAGAACUCAGCCAAUGUGACAUUGCCUCCAAUAUCAAAGAUUACGGCUCAUCUACCACCACCAACAUUCGACCAGAUCAAAAGGAACCCCAACUGUAAAAUUAGCAUCCACAAUGACUUAGAUAUGCAUAACGAUAGUCUAGAACGGGCAAAUUCUUCCACCCCGAUCUCAAAGAAGUCACAGUUGCCCGCCUGCAAUUCCAACUCUAAUUCAACCAUCAUUUGUAAUGACACCACUAUUCAAUUGCCUGAAUCAUCAUCUUUCAACAGGUAUUGUACUCCCGUGAAGCUAAAGAGAGAGAACAAGCUUUUCUCCAGCCCAACCACCAGGGACAUUUUUACUCCAUCAUCCAUGGGAGCUGCUAAAUCUUUGUUGCAACUGUCAUCCCACCAGAAUUAA